AUUAAAUUGAUAAAAAUAACAUUUUAUACUUUUUAGGAAUCUCGUGUGCAAAUGCCUUCAUAAAAAACCCAAAAUUCUCCAAGAAGCAUUUGAAAUCUCCACUUAAAACAAAAUAUCUAACAUCUCCAGCAUUUAGUAAUCAGUAUGUAACAAAAGGAACUUUAUAUAUUCCGUAUGCUGAAAUAAAAGAGCCGUUUUACGCUUGGUAUGAUGGGGAGCUAGGAUCAAGUCGUAUCGAUUAUUACGGAGGAAUGGUGAAAACAUUCCAGCUUAGCGGUGAUGGAAGUCACGGAUCGAGUAUCAAAAUAGCUCCGAUGACUACUGAACAGGAAUUGAAUAAAGAGUCAUGUUUCAAAAUUUACGGAGACGAUCAAAUGGCUAUCCAGCCGCAAACAAUUCUUCCAGAUACGAGUGGCAUGCAGUGCAUCGGGGAAGAAGUAAUUGAUGGGGUUCCUUGUGAAAAAUGGCGCCUCGUAGAGAAGUUUGGUGAAAAAACUAAUAAAUAUACUCUUUGGAUUAGAUACAAGAAAUCACUUGAUAAUGGAGUAAAACAAGCUAUUCCAGUAAGAUACGAGAUGAAAGGAUUUAAUUCACUUUUAGGAUCUCAUUAUGAUCAUUAUUAUUUGGAUUAUGAUUGGUAUUCAUAUGAAACUCCAGAUGCAAAUGUUUUCCACAUUGCUAGCAACAUGUCAUGCACUAGUUUCCCAGGACCAGGAGACCGACAUCUGUAUACAUUCAAUCCUAUGCGUGAAUUUAUUUCUAAUGAUCACCGUCACGUAGACACCGAGUUUGAAAUUUUCAAAAGAAAACACAACAAACAGUACGACGGUAUAAAUGAGCAUGGUAAUCGAAAGGAAAUAUUCCGUCAAAAUUUGAGAUACAUCCACUCAAUAAACCGAAAGAAUCAAGGCUUCCAAUUGGCAGUGAAUCAUUUGGCUGAUCGCAACGACACCGAGUUGAAAUACUUAAGAGGAAAGCGAUUCAGUCCAAUUUCUUACAACGGUGGACUACCUUUCCCACAUGACGUAGAAAAAGAGUCUGCUGCGCUACCAGAAAAUCACGACUGGAGACUUUAUGGUGCCGUAACACCCGUGAAAGAUCAGUCAGUUUGCGGAUCUUGCUGGAGUUUUGGUACAACAGGCGCAGUCGAAGGUGCUUACUUUAUGAAGUACAAAAAUCUGGUACGAUUGUCUCAACAAGCACUGAUAGAUUGCUCUUGGGGCUACGGUAACAAUGGUUGUGACGGCGGUGAAGACUUCCGAUCAUACGAGUGGAUCAUGAAGCAUGGUGGACUCCCUACUGAAGAUGAGUACGGUGGCUACAUUGGGCAAGACGGCUACUGUCAUAUUAAUAAUGUUACGUUGACUGCUAAGAUGGCUGGUUUUGUCAAUGUUACUUCUGGGGAUCCUAAAGCGUUGAAGGUCGCUCUUUAUAAAAAUGGUCCAGUGUCUAUUGCCAUUGAUGCUUCACAAAAAGCUUUCUCUUUCUAUUCUAAUGGAGUUUUCUACGACGCUCAUUGCAAAAAUUCAGUAGACGGUUUAGAUCACGCUGUUCUAGCAGUUGGCUGGGGAUCAAUGAAUGGCGAAGAUUACUGGCUCGUUAAAAAUUCAUGGUCUAAUUACUGGGGUAAUGAUGGUUACAUUCUAAUGGCUCAAAAAGAUAACAAUUGCGGUGUUUUAACAGCACCAACUUAUGUCAUAGCUGCGUGA